GAUUAAAAUCGGAAAUACUACUAAGCAACAGAAAUUGCCAAAUUGUUAUCGAAUUGUGAGUUGAGUAAAUAAGGUCGAAACAGUAAGCAUUCGGCCUUUGGUUAUACUUUAUGAAUAUAUUACAACUUACACUGGAGGGAUGUGUGAAGGAGUAAUAUCAAUCACACAUGUAGCAUUGACGUCGCGAUUCCAAAUUUCCACUAUAAUCCAAAUUGAUAAGAUUUACAGCUUGCAAUUAUUACAGCUAGUCAUAUAUUCAUUGAUGGUGCAGAUUUCCACCUUUUCAUCUUCACCAUCAAUAGGUACUUUUGCCUUCUUGUUCGGACACAGAUUGCUUGUAGGCCAUGCAUGUGUGGCUUGCUUACAGGAUGGACACGUAAUCAUUUUCGUUGUUUUAUUAUCAGCUCUGACUUCUUGGAGAGCUUCUUUUUUUACGCCUUUUUUGACAACACUGGCUUAG